GAGAGAGAGAGAGAGAGAAUGUGUGUGUGUGCGUCAGUGUGUGUGGGUGUGCGUCUAUGUGUAAAACAAUAAGAGGAAUGAAGAUAACAAGUAAAUCAGUUACAGAACAGAGCAAGGGGCUUUCGAGUUUAAGAUGUGGCGAUUCGGAGAAUGGAAAACCGUCGUUAUCGACGAUUAUUUACCGACGCUCGAAGGCUCUUUAGCCUAUACGCCCGCAUUUGAUGAUGAAUACUGGACAGCGUUACUGGAAAAGGCCUAUGCUAAGUGUCAUAAGGCUUACGAAGCAAUCGAAAUCGGCAAACCUAUAAACGCCUUGACGGAUUUCACGGGUGCGAUCUGCGAAGAUUUUUGUUUGGACGACCAACAGCAGACUCCCAACGACAAUUUAUUCCACAUUCUAUACGUAUCUUAUAUUAGUAGGUCAAUGAUGGUUUGCUGGAGAAAGGCAAAGUGCAAUCAGUUGGGCGGUUUCACCAAUGCAGACGUCAACGAUUGCAAACUUUUUUACGUAAGCGCAGUUGCGAAGAAUGGAAGUAAUAAGGAAAUGGUUCGACUCAAAUACACAAGCGAGCCGGAUGCCGUAUGGCUGGGAGAUUUCUCAUUAAAUGACGAAGCAAACUGGAGUCUAGUCUCUCCUACUUUUAAAGAAGCCCGAAAACCUUUGGAAUGCCUAGAGAAUCCAAGAGAGUUUUGGAUGACGUGGGUGGAUUUCUUAAAGUACUUCGCUCACAUCAUCGUAAUUAGCAGCACGGAACCGUUUCAUUCGAUUAGUACGGAUUCGGAGAGAAUUUACUCGAAAAAAGUAGAUCCUCCUACCGAUACGGCGUUCGAGGAUCAUACGUCUAUUUCGUCAUUUAAACAAGCCGAAGAGCCUUUAUUCAUACGACGUACCCACUCGGCUAGGGAAAGGAAUAGAAAAAAUGGUACAAUAACUGCUAAUAGCUCUAAAACUAUUAAGAAUCGUAUAGAAUUAACUAAAGCUGGAACCGGUGGUGGUAGUGGUGGUGGUGGUGGUUCGACAACUUGCCAAUUCUUACUCCGAACCUCUCAACUACGCUCAGAAAAUCAGCUAUGUGAUUGUGUAGGUGGACUUUCGAAUAUGUCGACAACGUCGUCAGUUUCGAACGUUUCUUGCGCCUCGGAGUGCGCUUCCGAUUACAGCUAUUCCGACGUUCCUCGCUGUAGGAAGCAUAGUAAUAAUAGGCGUAUAGGUGAAGAAAUUAAUCGAUUAAAAACCCCUGCCAUUCACCGAUCUCAAUCGCUCAAUUCUUUCGCUAGUCAAUUAAGUAUUUUCGAGACAAACUAUGAUAGUUUUAGGCCUACUGGACAAUGGAAGCAGCUCGACUCUUUCUAUGGUAAAUGGACACUGUCGUGUUCGGGAGGACCGAGAACGAAUAUGAGACAGCACUCGAGAAAUCCUAGAUUCCUCUUUGCCGUUAAUAAGAGGGACCACGAGAACUUCUUAUCACCCUCUUCUUCGUUUACAGGAAAGAGUCAUGUGAUCAUUUCUCUAAUGCAAGAUUAUAGACAAGGUUCUAAGGGAUCUCUACUAUUUAACAUUGGGUUCGCCUUGUAUAAAGGCAAGACGACGGACAAGGAAAAAAGAAAUCUUGGCAAACUGCCUUUAGUCGCCGAUUGCUGUAGCAAGCAUGAAUCGUACGAAAUUAUUGGAAGAUUUGAUUUGGAACCUGGCUAUUAUUUACUCGUUCCUUAUCCUUGCGAAUCAGGCAAAGAAACAGAAUUUUUCGUCCGUAUUCUAAUUGAAAAAGAAGUCGAUGCAACAAAAAAUGCUUGGUAUAAAACAAAUCUAUAA